UUACAGGUGUAUUACGUUAUUUGUGCGCUUAUGUUAUUCUGUAAUAUUUAUAAAACUUCACAACUGUCCAGGGAAAUUCUUGUUCUCUAUGCAAUAUUUUGGAACUGUUGAAUUCAUGCAUGUUUACUAUUCUGUGACUGAAAUGUUGACUUUUUGCGUACCUACUGAAGGCUCGUAGAUAUUUCACUAUUCACCAAUCAAUGACUAUCACAUCCAAGUGAAUCAUAAUCGAUGUGUAACAUAUUGGUUUAGGACUUUGUUUAUUGCACAGGCCCCUAACAAAUAUUAUCCGCCGUAUCUAAACUACAAAUUUAAGAGACCAUGGAAUUUUCAUUGCGGAGAUCACUUUUGCAGUUUCUUUCGGUUGUUAUCCUGUAUAGAGCCACUCUCGUUCGGGCUUACAAUAUUUCUCCGGAAUUGAUUCAUUGUUAUCGAGGAAACUAUACACUACCCACGGUCGGAUACAAUCAACAGCUACUGUUGGAGCUGAUCCGGAAGAUCGAAAUGCGGAACCCGACCACGUUGGAUAUGCGGAUGCUGAGUGUGGAUUUGAUGCAUCGCAUACGAAUAGACGGCAUCGAAAAGGCUCCAGGUCUACAGGAAUCUGAAUUCGUCACCCCGUACAGCCCUCGCGGCAUAAUGGUGCCCAAGUACACGCUGCUGCUGCAACUUGUUUCCGACAUUCCUGGAACGAUAGAGUUCCAACAAUUUCUAAGCCCAUUGGAGAUUUGUCUGCUGCAUCGCAUGCUCAGCAGUACCAUUGAACCAUAUCAGCGGGGAGACGAACGGACAACCUGCCCGGGAACUCUAGCCGAUGCUAGGAAUCCUCAGGCACCCUGGAUCACUCAGAAUAAAAGUAAACGUAACGAAACGAGCAGUACCACCUUCAACAGACCAAUCUCUCGCUGUCCACUGGAAGGCGGGACCUAUCGAAGUGCGAUGUAUGGUUCGGUAGCUCCUGGAAUUACCAUCAUGUCGAUCGCAGCCGGGCUUCAGCCGCAAAACGUCCGCAUUAGUGAGUUUGUAUCCGCUUACAAAAGAAAGAACCCCUACGAAAAUCUGGAAACAAUGGAGCGUGCGGACACUCGCAAACAGCUGGAGAAGUUGAUCAACUCGAUGGAAUCGAUCGACAACACCUACGUGACCGGGCUGGCCGGAGAUCUUGCCGAAGUAUGUCUCUAUCAAGGCCCGUACGUUGGUACGGAUGUACGGAUUGGGUUGAAGGGGACGUGGAACGAUACGUACUUUCCCCGAGUUCGGUUUCUUGCAAACGACCACGAUGGACGUUGGGAGAUGACGGACAGUGAGAUUCUGUCCGGUAUCGAUGGGUACUUUUUAGCGCAACAGGUUCCGAGUUUUGUCAACAGGGUGAGAAGACUUCGGUUAUCGCAGGUGUUGGACAUGUACUACAGCGCCCGUGGUAUUCCGGUCAUUUCGAUUGAGAAUGUUCGAAAGCGGAAGCUACAUCAUAGCAGGCUUUCGAUUGUGGAUGUAGGGUCGAGGAAUACAGAGCUCAAAGAGGAUUCGUUGAAUGCGCUAUUCAACGCCGCUGGAAAGACCAAGUUUCGAAAUGUUUUCGACGAUGAAGAUGAGGAAACAUUGAAGGCAGACCAAUCGAUUGUUGAUGACAUCAACAAGGCAUGCUAUAGGAAAGAAAUUCUACACACGAUAGACAGAGAUCGAUUGAAGCAAGAAACUUUUAAUUUCGUGCAGAUCUUGCAGUUUGCGACGGGAAGCGUUGUAGUGGAAGACUCACUAAUGCGACGGAAUUGUGAUGCGGCUGUUGAUAGAUUUUUUAACUAUGCUACAAGUUUAAUGGGAACGGUAGCCGACUGCAGUGCAGUGGGAACUUCGGACACCAAACCGAUUGUGGAUUUACUGCUGGUGAUUGAUGGAUCAAGAAGUGUUUACGAGAACCAAAGGCUGAUUUUUCAUUUAGCCGAGUUAAUCGACAUUUCUGUCUACGGAUCGCAUAUUUCUGUGGUACACGGUCAAACCGGAGAAUUCAUGGUUAACAGAACCAACAGCGUAGCUAGUAUUUUCGAGCAGCUGUCCAGUUUCGAAGGACCGUAUCCCACGUCUCUCUCGCUAUCCAGAAGUUUCGACUCUAUAAUCAACAGGUUAUCUGCCCAAAUGGAUGAAGAACGAGCCUACCGGACCGUUGGUGCUAGUUCGCCCGUGAUUAUGGUAGUUUCCCAGGACCAAAAAAUAACGGAGACCGAUUUUGCCAGUGCCCGUCGAAUGAUGAUCAGUUCAUUCGAGCAGUUCUCGGAUUUGUAUUUCAUCUUUCGUACUAACGACGUGGCCACGUUCCGUCAGCUGACGGAUUUUAGCGGUAUUUCACAUAGUCGUCUCCCUGUAGAGGAACACUACAAAAUUAUCGAGUCCUCGUCGAUCGAACCGAGGCCAUUCAGCGAGGAACUGCUCACAACGUUGAAAGCAAUUCCUCAGCGGCUAGUAGCUCCCUUCUGCAGAACAGCUUCGAACCGGGACAUGUGGCGUAACGUUAAUAUACGGGAGGAGUACGAGCAAUAUCUCAGUCCCGGCGUUGAGCUUCGGUAUCGAAUCAGCCGUAAUUUUCUGUGGAAAACCGGCGUAGUGGGGAUUCAAUUUCAGAAUUCGGCUUACGGAGAAUUUACCGUCUGUGGAACCCAAGAUUAUCAUUUCACAGGAUUAUCAUGUAAAACCACAACACCGGAGCAGGAUAACGUGUGGUUUAACUUUACGGAGCUGUGUUCCGGGGCGCCUGGAUUGCAGUGUUCGUCAUUGUAUUUUAUAGUGCAGAUGGAGACAUCGUACAUGAAGUGUACGGAGAACGACUGCCGCUAUCCGGAUCAAGUGCGGAUGGUUAUUAAACAUCAAGGGCUGCGUUGUCCGACGGAUGCGAGUGGAGGUGAAGAGCGAAGUGUCGCGAGGUGGUUAGUGUUUUUCGCUGUGGCAGUGCUGGUUGCGAGUAAUUUUAGGUUAGGUUUUAGUUUAGUGUAGAUAUGGGCAAGCUUCAAAAGCGAAUCAUAAUUGACUUAAAGAAAAAAGGAAUAGACUCUUGACCAAUUCAAUGACAUUUGUAAAGAUUAGAGAAAUGUCUGUUUGAUUUUGAUUUGGAGUACGGUUUUGAUGUCUUAUAAACAAAUAAGUGCUCAUGUAUUCAUAGCGCUUAUGUUUAAUGUGAUAUAAGAUCACAGUUGGCUUGAUUUGCUUGCAUCUUGUUAGGAUUAUAAUUAUCAGCACUCCAUCAGGAAUGAAGCAUUGCAAGAUGACGUCAUUUCAGUAAAAAUACACGAAAAAUUAACAGUUCAGUGAGCUUGUUUACAUGGUGUUAGAAUUUAAAAUCAAUUCGAGCCAAGUUUCUGUACUGCGAGGAAUCGAAAUUUUUCAAAGUUCAUAUAAACAAGCUCCCCAACCUGUCGAAAAAGUGAGGUUAAAUUUUUCUAUUGCAACUAUAACUUUAAGAACAAGUACUCCGUUCUAAAAAAAAAAAUUAUACAUUUCUCUAAGUCGCUUAGGGACGAUUUCUUCACCCUCGCUUAGCACUUAAGCCAGGUUUAAAUGUACUGGUAAACCUGGUUUAAAAGUUGAGCGAGGGUGAAGAAAUAGACCCUUAGACAGGUUUUUCAAAGAAUCGCAACCCAAAAAACAAUUGAAGUUUUAUUGUUCAAUCUAAGUUUUAUAAGAGGCCAUAAAACUAUUAUAAAACCUUCAUUGUUACUAGAUGACUUUUUAAAAAAGAAUCGUUGCUAAUUCACACUUUUUCAAGAGUCGAUUCUUUUGAUCGAUUCGUGAUUUACUCGUCCAUCUCUAGUUGGUGCGUAUACUGUAAAGAAAUACGUAAUGUUCAGAUUAAAAUAAUAACAUAAACAUAAUAUUAUUUAUAUGAAAACAUUGCUUUGCUAAUCAUAAGCAAAAUGUUAAAAGUGUUGGAAAGAAUGUGAUUUGUAUUUCCAACUCAACGACAGUAAAAGCAAACGGGAGCCGGAUCCAGGAGAACAACAUUUCUACGAAAAACCUAUCCGUCGUAAUGCAGAAUAAUAUUAUCUAAUUCAUUCAAUUGUUUAGCUGCUACCACGCGUUUCCAUUAGGCGGUUCACCACCCACAAAAUAUUUUCGAGCAAAAAAUUUCGUUGGAAAAGUCCAGCCCCCCAUCUGCAGAUUAAAGUGUCGGUAAAGUAGCGCAAGCUUUCGUGACAGCUCCAUAUAGACGAAACGAUUUUAUCGCGAGCCGUGUGCAGCAAACCGUAUCAAAAUAAAAACAAAAUAUCUGCUAUUUCAUUCACUCUAACCGCAAAUGUGUCCUCUGUGUCGUCUGAUUUCAACAACGCUUUUAUCAUUGUGGUUUUCAAUUUAGCGGUUUCUUUUACGAACCGUAGUGUGUAUUGUUUCCGCGAGUUCUGUGAUUGUCCAGUGCUGUGAGGAAAAUCCAUUCGAAUUGAGCAUUUGAUAAAUACGUGCAAACAUCCACUACAGUGCAAGUGAAGUGCAUCGUCAGAGUCCUUGGAGAAUAACAUUUCUCGUAAGAUACCCAACAUCAUUGAAAAUUGACCAGCUCACAAGAUGAUGCACACUGCCACUGCUCUGCUGGUCGUAGAGGCGGAUAAGGCUCAGGAUAACCUUGCAAGCGGAUAAGCUAGCUUUUCUUUGCUGCACUACACUGAACGGACUGAAAAAAAAAAACGUCUACGUGCUUUGAGAGUCACUGUGCGAAUGGUAUCAAAUACUUUUUAUACGUCCAGCGUACACAAUGUCUAAUUUGCCAAGAAUAUGAAAAAUAUUAACAAUUGUCGAAGUUACAACAAUUUCCGCAAAACGCGUUCUUUUCAAAGAAGUUUGCCGUGACUCAGGUUCCUGUUUAACAACUCAACUCAGCAUAAAACAAAAAAAAUCAUUACUACAGAAAGUUGCGGUAAACGAUUCAUUGUAUUUUUUUUGCAAGCAGGUACAAUUUUUCCAACAAAGCCUAUAUUUCUAACUACAAAAAAAUUAUUAAAAACUUCAUAACUUUGAUAUGAAAAAUUUGACGAAAAAUUGGAAUCGUUCAAGGACACGGUAGUUAAAUUAGGGACAAUUUGGGAUCGGUUGAAAACUUUUUCGGCAAAGACGUUUUUGGGAAAACAUGAUUUCGAGAUAAUCGCGUUUAUAGUUUCAAGUAUAGAGCGAGUAAAGGCGCUAUAACCUAGGCUCAUUAGCCAGGACAGGGCCAGAUACUUCUGCCCCAUCCCAUCCCAGGAACCUAGGACCAAAGGAGUGACAUUAAUCCUCUUAGCCAAGUCACUCCCAACGAUUUAUCAAAUCCCCGUCAACUUGAAACGGUCGGUACGGUUGUCCAUGUUUCUUCCUUAUUCAAGGUUUGAAAUAGUUUGUUGAUUAAAUUCUUCAUUAAAUGAAUAAUUUAAUUGCCGUAUAAUUUUGAAUCAUCUUCACUUUGUGGGCUGCACAGUUGGCCUGGCCGCUUUAAUGAUUGUGUCGCAUAUCAUAUGUACUACAAACAUUAAUAUUGACAAGAUAAAUUGUAGGCGAACGUCUGCAAUGUUCCAGUAUCCCUACUUGUAUUGGCUGUGUAUGUGUAGACUAGACUAGACUAAAAUCGCGUUUAUAGUUUCAGGUAUAUACCCAGGCCUUCGAUAGGGAGCAAGAUGAAAAACACUAUAACUUUGCU